AGUACAAUACAAUAAUUUAAUUUAUUUAUGCAAAUUAUUAGUGCAUAGUUAGUGCCACUCGCCUGCAGUGUAUUUCUCCUUUCACCAAUAUCACCUCCAGCAUCUCAUCACUAUGGACCAUGCACAGGUACACACUAGUAUGGAUAAAAUGAUCAAGAUGUUCGACACAAAAAUGGCAGAAUUUCAAGCAGAGCUAAACCAAGCAACGCGCAAAAAUCCUUCGACCAUUGCUGCCCUCAAUGCUGAGUUCCAGACCUUUAAGGCCUUUGUUUGUAACGGCCUUAACGUGUUGCGUGGUGAGGUUAAAGCGCUUGCAAGAGGAGUGGAUCGUAUCGAGAUGAAGUCACGUCGCAAAAUGCUACUAGUUCAUGGUGUACCGGAAAAGAAAAAUGAGGACAUCGCUAGUGUGGUGACUUCUUCAUUAUCCGCCAAAAUUAAAGUCCCCAAUUUUAAUGUGGACUGUCUUCGUACGUGUCAUCGCAUGGGCAAAGUCACAAAUAAUAGUGGUAAGCUUCGGCCCAUUGUUUUAAAAUUCACGGACAUGGCUAUGCGGGAUAGUAUCUGGAACACCAAGACUGCACUGAAGGGGUCAAAGAUCACCGUUUCUGAGUUCCUAACCAAGUCUCGGCACAGUGUCUUCAUGGCGGCGAGAGAUAAGUACGGCAUCUCUAAUUGCUGGACGCGGGAUGGAUUCAUUUUUAUCAAGACUCCUGAUAGUGCCAAGCAAAGGGUGGAAUCUUUGGCCGAACUUUUAGUUUUACCCGCACCGACUGCAAAUGUGGCUACCGUUCCGUAG